AUGCGAUGGAAGUUUCCAAAUGGCCCCUUCCCACCCAAAGAACCAACUACUGUUAAUGUCCUGAUUCCACGACGUGAUUCCAAGGAUUUUGCGGAACCGAUCGUUAUUGCACGAUCUCAAACAGCUCCAGCGGAUCAAACAAACAUUGAAGGUACCCCUGGAGUAACUAAGCAACCCAUCUAUCAAGCACUUGUCUCACCUAUGCCACUUCUACUUGAUAACUUGGCGGUUAGUAUUCCUUCAGUUCCCGCUUGUCUUUGUGAGGAAGAGGAGGAUUUACAGAAUGACAAUAGUCCAGAUGGAACAGAUAUUUCUGAUACUGCAUUUGGCAAUGAAAGGUGCUACUCUAGUCGCCCAACUCCUAGUGAACUCUCAAUUAACGCUCCAGACUGUGAGGAAGAUGACACUGAUUCAGCUAACGCCUACGUCUAUCACAAUCAAGCCUCCCAACUCAUGACCAGUCCAACUUCCUUCCAAAAUGGACGGGUUUCCAAUAAUGAAACUGGCUCUAUGGUCGACUUGUGGCAACAAGUGAAACCCCAUGAUAUUGCAGAUGGUAGGAUUCCAUCAGGUGGAGUUCGUGAUCGCAAUACACGGCAUAUGCCACCGUCUAGGCGACCAUAUGACAUUAUUUCGGCUGCCAGUAAGAGGUUAGAUGAAGAGAAAAUAAGCUCCGUAUAG